UCAACACUUGCUGUUGAAACCUCGGUGUAUGCAGCUGCUCGAUCUCCACGUUCCCGGAAAUCUCGGUGAAAAUUGGUGAAAAUUGCCCUUCAAGAGGAUUGAAAAAAAAAAAAAAAAAAAAAAAAAAACAUCCUCCCCACCUGUGUUGUGUCAUCCUUUUAUGUGUUUACAACCUCAACUCACAGGAGGAAAGAAAAUAAAUUCCAUAAACCAGAUAAAGAUAACAGCAGUAAAAUCUCGAAGACCUUGAAAGUACAGCGUCCGGAGCAUGGCUUAGAGCCAGACAGCUCUCUGGAUACCAACAAAUGUGCUGGCAAAUUGCCCCUUGUGGAGCAGAGCCAAUAUUCAGUUAAGAAGAAGAGAAGAAGAAGAAAAGUCAACAAAAAUAUCAACAAAACACAGACAGCAAGAUUUGAUUUAAAAUAAUUGCUUUUAAAUAUUUGGAUGAUGAUAAAACUUAAUGAUUACUUCGCAAUAAAAAAUUAUCAGUUACCAUACCCUCAUUAGUCAGUCUAAGUUCAGUGUUGUUUUAAGCGAGUGUUGUGUUGAUAAAAAUAAUUGAAAAAUUUUGCUUACAAUACAAAAUUAUCUGGCACCUUUACGAUUUUUAGUUUAUUAUUAGUUUGGUGAUGUUUUGGUUUUGAAAUCAUUUGGCAACAAAUAUGACAUUUACCUUGCCACCUCUGUAAAGUAAAAUUUUAUUUUUGUAUACUAACGUAGUGCAGCUUCAGCCCAAAAUCAAAAAUGCAGCGCUGGUUUUUCUUAGAAGACCCCGACAACACGAACGCAAGAGAAGCCAAAGGCGACACCUUAAGUUUUGCAGAUACGGUAGCCAGCAUUCAAUAUGCCCCCAGGUGUUGGUUGUUUCGAGUUGAAGCGCCCCCGUUAAAACAAGACGAAGUUUUAUGCGUGAUAGGAGACCUGAAAGAGCUGGGCUCGUGGUGCCCUGAAAAAUGCGUGCCAUUGCAACAAGAAGCAGAUUCAAAAAUUUGGUCAAAAGUCAUCGAAAUCCCAGACAAAAGGAAAGUGGAGUAUAGAUAUUGUGUGUGUGUUAUUAUUGAGAGUGGUAUUCAAGUUAUAGUUAGAAGCUGGGAAACUAACUUGAAAACACGGGUAAUAGAAUAUUCUGAAGCUUCUCCAACAACAGAGGGUGAAGUUCAAGUAUAUGGGUUUUAUGAUAAUGCAGAGCAUUGCGAUAGAGGUUGGCUUAAUAAAGAAACUGUAGUUCAGUUGAAGCUUUGUAAUAACCCACUCACCUUAUGGAGGCCUAAAUAUGCCAACAGAAAUGUUUUCAUAAAGAUUACUUUAGUCAACAUACACAGCAGUCAACAGAAUGUCUUGCCUUUAUCCAUGUCAGAAGCUUUGGACGAAUCCUUGAGUGAGUCGCAAGAUGGUGCAGAAAGUGUAAAGUUUUCAUUUACAGAAGUUGCCGAUUUAAACGCUGAUGAUCCAACUUUUAGGACACAGCCACAAUUCGGUACUGAACUUAAAAAAGAUGACAUGCUGGUUUUCCAAAGCACAGUGCUUUUCUCUCAAAACACUGCAUAUUUGUUUGAUUUUUAUGUUUAUUCGAAUAGAGCUGAAGACAAUGAGCCUCCUUACCAUGCAGGGUUUAGUUAUCUAUUACCCACAGCUCUACAGUCUUCUGAAGGUAACAUGAUACUGCCUGUUACUAGCACAAAACAUCGGCCCUUAGGAGAACUAAAAGUUGAUUAUCUAAUUAUAGGCUCAAUGCCUCAAUACAAAUGCAACAUGAGUAUUUCUUAUUCGCGUCACUGGAAAAAAACCCGUUCUGGUUUGGAUGUAGGACAUAGAGGCUCUGGAUCAAGUUUUAAAAAUAAAAUACAAAAUUGUGCUGAAGUAAGAGAAAAUACUAUAGCUUCGCUGAAAAAUGCUAUAGAUCACGGGGCAGAUUUUGUUGAGUUUGAUGUUCAACUAAGUAAGGAUUUGGUGCCAAUAAUUUACCACGAUUUUCAUGUGUGUAUUUCUAUGAAGAAGAAAAAGGACAUUGCUGAUCAGGAUAUGUUGGAGAUACCAUUGAAGGAGCUGACUUUGGAGCAACUUAGAAUGUUGAAGGUGUACCAUUUGACAGAAGGCAAAACAAAAAAUCCCAGAUUCUUUGAUGAUGAACUAGAAGAACAUCAACCGUUCCCAACCCUGCAUCAAGCUUUGGAAAUUUUAAAUCCUCAUGUGGGUUUUAAUAUUGAAAUUAAAUGGACCAUGAAACUUGCCGAUGGCUCUUAUGAACUUUACCAUCCAACCGAUUUGAAUUUGUACUUGGAUACAAUUUUAGAGGUUGUUAUGAGGUAUGGUGGCGAACGAAGAAUAAUCUUUUCCUGUUUCAACCCAGACAUCUGUCAGGUUAUUAGAUUGAAACAGAACAAGUAUCCGGUUAUGUUCUUAACUGUGGGAGAGAGUGAGAUUUAUCCGAGAUAUGCCGAUCCUCGGUGUUGGUCCAUUAAGGCUGCCACCCAGUAUGCCACUAUGAUUGAGAUUUUGGGCAUUGUUGUGCAUACUGAAGAUUUGUUGAGAGAUCCUGCAUUGGUCCAGUUAACCAAAGAAGAAAACUUGGUUGUUUUCUGUUGGGGCGACCAGAACGCCGAUCCUGCCACCAUAAAAUUCCUCAAACAAAUCGGUCUUCACGGAGUAAUCUACGACAAGAUUCACGAAUAUUCGAGCAAGGAAGUCAAGGAGAGUAUCUUUUUGCUGGAAGCUAGAGGAUCACAGAAGGAGAUUAUACAGCUUGUUGCUUCACAGUCAGAGACCGAACUACCUCCUCCGCUUACAAUUCACCCUUCACAAGCCAGAAUCGAAGGCGCCAACAAUCUGGACAAAAUGAGGUUACAAAUUCCAGAUCAGAUGUCGACAGCUACCUCUUUGGAAAGUUUAGAAAGCAGCAAUUCGGAUUAUGAAAAACCGUCAGAAACUGAAGUUAGCGCCUAGAGUAGUUGUUAUCGUUUUGGCCUCUUUGAAUAAACAAGAUUUGUGCUGGUCGCAGUUUUUUGGUUUUUUUCAUUGAGAGCUUUAUACUUUUAUUAAAUAUAGUUUAUUGAUAUUUAAACUUUUUCUUAGCUGUGUCAAGGUUGGCAAAUAUUCAUAAUUCUUUUGAGUAGUUUUGAGAAGGAAAUUUUCAAUGCAAAACAGUCACAAACAAUGAAGAUUAUUCAUUGGAACCUCUGAUUAAUAUUUGCAAACUAAACACACAUAUUGGGGAGAGGUAAGAACGCAGAUUUAGACUUUUGGUAAAUUGGUGAAUUAUUAACUUUACAUUAACAUUAUUUAUAAAAAAACUGUUUGGUUUUUGAUCUUUCUAGAACUUUUCAACAAAUGCUUACCUUCUUAAAGUAGUUUUCAAAAUCGGCUAACUUUAAUAAUGGUACAAAUAUAAAUAAAUACUUAGGUCUAGAAUAGGUAUAAGGCCAACGCCAGUUGACGUUUUUAGAACAUCGGAUAUUUUUUUUUGUUGCUCCUAAUAUAGAGUUAAUAUAUAUAAUUAUUUUUGCUUUUGGAAAAUUAUUUCUAUUGAAAUCAGUAAUAUCUCGUGUACCUUUCACAGUAAUUAUAAUAAUACCUAACAGUUUUUGUUUAUCAGUGAAAGUGAAUUGUAGGUAUUUUGUGAAUUUAUAGUUGCUGUGAUAAUAAUUACAAUAUACCAUAACAUUUUUCUGAUGUAGAAUGAAAUUUCACUUUUGCUGAUGAAUUAUGGUUCUUCAAAAUUCAAUAAUAAUUCAUAAAAUAGCACCAAGUUAUUUAAAUAAUAUCAUUUCAUUAAGAGAUGCUUUUUGCUCAAAUAAUAUUUCAGCAAGUGAAGCUAUUUUUAUUCCUCUGUUAAACUAGAUAUUUAAGCAGUGUAUGUACACCAGUAGACUAAUAAUUAAUUAUUACCAAACUUUAACUGUUGAUGGAAAAAGUUGCUCUUAUAAAGAUAGAUUGUUGCUUGAAUUAUUAUGUUUGUCUUUGUAUUCUCCUGAUAUUGAGGAUUGAAAUAUAGUUAGCUCAACCGUCAACUCUGAAAAAUGUAAGUGCAAUUUCUUCCACCAAUGGCCAUUUUUACAGGUUGACAUCAUUAGUGAUACAUAUUUUUAAAUGAUAAUAGUAUCUACCCUUAUUUUGUAUAAAAUAUUUUUGAAAGAAAUCUGGAACUAUAUCAAACAAAACAGACAAAAAAAUCUGUAGAAAUGAAGAUUUACAUAAAAUGUAUAUCCUUUCAAUAAUAUUAUAUACUUUCGUUAAUAAAAAACCUACUGCCUCAUUCAA